GAAAAAAAGUAUAUGAACGAUUGGCUGGGCAGUACUCCCAGGCGGUUUAUUAAUAAGUACGGAUAAUUUUUCAAUUCUAGAACAUGUGUUAUUUAAUUUAAUUUUAAUGUAUAGGUGGUGUAUCUAAAAAAUAUUCUUCCUGUCCACAUGGCCUCGGUCUAUUCCCCUUCCACCCUCUCGUGGACAAACGAAAUACAAACAUUCAUUCGAAUCAAAAAUACCCAUGUUUUGUCAUUUGUCAACUUCAUUUGGAAUUGCUCAAUGCACAGAGCACUUUUCGACGAAAAACCAGUGCAAUAGCCUUCCGCACCCCUUCCGGUUCACUUUUUUUUUCGUUAUGCUCAAGCUAUGCAGAGCAUGGGGGCUAUGCUUGUGCGUUUAGGCCGAGCUUUUUCGAACGCCGCUCGUGCGACGGUGGCGACAACAGACAGUUUCGAAAUCACAAUCGGAAAAUUCAGCGCUGUCCGCGAUUUACUUUCUCGCUGGAGAGUUUAUGUAGGGUACCAAUCAAGGAGCAAGCACGAGCGUGUGAGAGCACUUAAAGAGCGGCGACACCACCAAACACAAACCAGCUAGUAGUACGGCUUGGGAUCGUCAUUUAGUCUCGAUUUCCAUUCAAAACGCAAUCAUCGCCGCCGCCAGUCGUCGUCAGAAGUCGGGCGCAGAAGUGAUAUACAAUCUCUCGCGUAGUAUAGUUUUUUGAGUGUAACUUUUUUUUUGUGUACAGGAGCACUUUGACGCAAACAAAUUUUCCCCCAUGAAAGGAUGUGAUGGAAUUUCAAUUCGGCAUUCAAAGUAGAAAAAAAGCGCUUAGUAGUAUUGUACAAAUAAAUGUUAAUUUAGAAAUCAAUUUUAAAAGUGACGUUAACGUGAAAGCUCAAAAUGUUUAGCUGUCUUUGGCAAUUAUGGGAUUGGAUCGAUCCACCCACGUUCACCACAAUGGACAGCAAGAAGCUUCAGCAGCUGCAGCAGGCCAACUCACAUCUAGCACCAAUUCCGCAAACGAAGCCUCCAGCAUUUCAGCAGCAAAACAACGACUAUCGACCUACACGGUCGCCAGUGUUUCAAAAUCAUCCACAGUAUCAAAGCUUUGCAUCAAAUUUUGCGCAGAUCAACUAUCCGCAUCAAAUACGACCUCAACAGCCGCAGCAGCAGCAGCAGCAACAGCAGCAUCUAAGCGCACACAGUAGCCCUAAAUCGAAUAGCAACAGUUUGUACCUUAGCGAAUACUCUAGUUCGAGCCAUGUCGGACCAGCGCAACAUCAUCACACAAUCGGAAGUCAUUACCAUUUUGAUCAAAUCUACCAAACGAGUUCGCCCUCGAGUGGUAGCGGCGAGAGGGAGCGGCUAUACCAAACGGCCCCCAGACCGACACAGCAUACACACGCAACUCAACAGCAGCAGCAGCAACAGCAGCAGCAGCAGCAGCAACAGCAGCAGCAUCAGCAGCCGCUCACCAAGUUGGAAUUGCAAUUCCAACAAUUACAGCGGGAAAAAAUCCAAGCACAAAUUAAAACAGCUACCGAAGCCCUGGCACACCAACAGCAAACAUUUGCCCUUCGACAGCAGCUCAAUCCACCUGUUCCGAAUUAUCAUCUGAAGCAAAAUUUACUUCAAAAUCUUUCCCAGCAACAUCAGCAGCAAAUACAACACCAUCAACAGCAGCAGCAACAACAACAGCAUCUGAAUCGGAAUGCGCCACCUUCGAGCCUAAAUCUUACCAGCCAUUUUCAACCGGCGCAAGGUCCAAUGAAAAUGACCAACCAAAACGUUCACGAUUACGGUGCAACCGCCACAAAUCAGCAUUCCAUCAAUGAAACCCUCUACCAAGCCGCUCAGCAGCAGCAGAAGCACAAUCAUACCAAACCCCCAAACAAUCUCCAAUCGCCUGCCCCUAGCCAAAUCAUCAUCCAGCAAAACAACCCGGGUCAGGUGGUCAACCAAGCAUGCCAGACGCAAAUUAGUGGAGUAAAAAAUCAAACUCAGAACCAAAAAUCUCCCAAUUCGGACUCGCUCUCGUCACCAUAUCACGACGGAUUGGAACGACGGAAAAGUGGUCCUGUGCACACCCUGAAAUCACCCGUCACAAAACGACCCCAGAACGCACCCAUCACGAUGUCCGGCUGGUUGUACAAACAGGGCUCCGAUGGGCUGAAGGUGUGGCGCAGACGGUGGUUUGUCCUGUCUGAAUACAUUCUCUAUUACUACAAAAGUCAGGAAGAGGAGAAACUGCUGGGAACGGUCCUACUGCCAUCGUACAAAAUUUCAGCCUGUUUCCCGGAGGAUAAAGUGUACCGCAAGUUUGCCUUCAAAUGUGAACACACCAACAUGCGUACCUUUGUCUUCGCUGCCGAGACGGCCGAGUCGAUGACCGCUUGGGUGCGAUUGUUGACGCUGGCCACUAUGAUGCAAGGGAGCAGCGAAUCGGAAAACAGUCCUCCAUCGAACAAUGCACGGAGCGGGGACAACAGCGAUUCCGGCAUACAAACCUACCAAUCGCAGGUAUGCAAGUCCGGUACGGUUCAAGCUCCGGUGACGCCAGCUUCCGACAAUGGCGGAGGAUCACAACCGCUGUAUGCAAAUGCUCCACCAAAGCCGAGGAGAGCGAAUGACGGUGGUUAUUCGUCGCCUAGUCCUGAACACAUACCGGAGAGAUAUGACCAGGAACAGCCACAUUUGAGACCAACCGAAACUAUCUAUGGGGUGAAAACUCCCGAGAUGAUGAACAAUCCGAAUCUUCUGCAGGCACAAUCACCUCUCAUCAAACGAGGACUUAACGAUCAACUAGUGUAUGAUCCCACAAUGCAUCCCAAUCCCCAACAGGGAGGUCCUAGUUAUAACGAUUCGAUAUACGGUAACGCCAAGCGUAUAGAGCGAGAUUUGUACAUACAGAAAUUAAUCCAGCAGCAGCAACUACAACAACAACAACUCCAGCAACAGCAAUUGCAGCAACUUCACCAGCAUAAGCAACAACAACAACAACAGCAACUGGCAAUGACGCAAACGCCCCAACACCAACAGCCGCAGCAACAGCCCCGUGUUUUGUCCACCAACCCAUUCGCAAUGUAUCCGAAUACCGACCGACGGACUCCGGAUACGUACGGUCCACCGCGGGCCACCCUGGAGAAACAUAUGUCCGAUUAUGAGGAUAUCUACAACCUGACUGUGCUUUCGAAAUCCCUGCCGCCAACGCAGAAGAUCAGCAGCGCCGGUGGAUGUGAGGAUGUGGCAGGUUCUGCGGCCUAUCGUCGGCCGAUGAGUCCACUGCGUAACGAAGGCGGCCAAAACUCGGCGAUGCCGAUGCGCUACACGCCCAACUAUCUGGAAGUAAGUAGUUCGCCCGCACAGCAACAGCACGUGCAAAUGCGUGCCCGACCCGUGCAGUCGACCAUUCCGCGACCCCAUUCGGCCGACUUUCUCGACUACGAAGCCCGCAACCCUACCAAAACAAAGCUCAAGGAAGAGCCGGCUCGGGCGCCGCGACCCAAAUCAAGCCUGGACAUCAAUCGUACCCCGGACAAUUACUACUACUCGGAAGCGAGCUACGCUGAGAAAAUGCGAAUGCAGAGUGCGUCCUAUCUUCAGCGUACCAAUCCCGGUGGGAUAUCUGGAAAGAUGAGAGGUGAUGAGACACAAGGAAACAACUCCAGCACAGUCCCCCGGGAUGCGUACUACUCUGGUCGGAUGGAUUACGGAGACGAGGUGCAUCAAGGAUCGGCUAGUGUUCCCCGUACCCAACGGAUGACCGUGAGUCAGCUGAAGAAACAUCCCUCCCAGCAGGAACAAUUUCUACGCUCGGCAAGCGCUCGACUCCCUCGCAAAGAGGACGAUCCUUCGGUAAGGGAUGGCGAGAGGAAGCGUGAAGAAUCGAUGAAGCGACUGCUGGAAUGGAAGCAACGAAUGUUGCAGUCUCCGCUAACUCGCAAAAUAUCUCAGCAACAACAACAACAGCAGUUUGGAAUGGCCUCGCCUGGUUCGACCGGGAACCCUUUCCUAGCGAAACCUAGCCAUAUAGGAGUAGACGCCAACAUGUACAUGGAGCAGGAUAAGCAACCGCCGAACCAACAGCAACCACAGCGAUCUGAGAGCAAAUCUAAUCUAGAGUACAAUAGCUAUUCGUCUGAUGAUGAAGCCUCUAUUUCAGUUCGCAACGUGAAAAACAUUCCCAAGGUGUCGUUGACGGUGAAGCCCGAUCCGUCGGAUUGCCGAAACGAUCCGAGAGUGCGCCGAUAUUACGAUCCCGCACAAACCGAAUAUUUCUACAAGGAGCAACAACAGGAGGCCUACAUUCGGCCCGAUAUAAGUUUCGAGUCAACCCACGAUCUUUACACACAGGCUCAGUUACAGCGAGCGCAAGAAAUCAAUCUUCAGCAGCAUUACCAACUGCAGGACAUCGAUCGUAGCUUAGCUGCUAUGAGUCAAGAAUCUCCCGGAGAUAAAUGGCCUCCGAUGAAUCAACAACUAUUCACACGAGCUCCCUUGACGGCCAGCCACGACAAACUGGAGCUACGGGAAUUCCACCCACCUAAUGAACCGUGUUUUCUACAGACCUUGGAAAUGUCCGCAGGAGACUUGCUAAAUCGAACGCACGAAGAGCUUGUCUUGCUGCUGAUACAGCUGCGACGACAGAACAGCAACACGGCACGCUCCAUUGAGCAGUGUUGCACGAAUAUACACGAUAUUCAGAACUCUAUACGCAUAUCUGAUGGACCGACACGGGCGGAAAACCUUGCCCGGCUGGAGGCUUUGAAGAAACAGCUAGCGGAGUUGGAGAAGCAGUACGAAAAGGAGAAGCCGCUAAUCAAUUUGGUGGACAAUAUGGUAAAGCUGGGCACACUGUAUCGGGGUGCUCCCGGUAAGAAGAAGACCCAUUCGUCCGAAUCGGCUACACUCGAUCGGUUGGAGUUCAACCAGCGAAUCCAGGAGCGGCGAUUGCUACAAGAAGAACAGCGCCAAUGGGAUAGACUCAGUCCAAACCACGUUGAGUUGCAGACAAAAGUUCAACAACUCUAUCAGAUCGAUCAGCUGCUGCAAGAGGAAUCUGGCACGCUGCAAAGUCUACAGCGGGACAAAGAGGAUCUAGAACGUGCCCUUGGUGGCUUGAAGGCCAAGCUAAUGAAGGGUGAUGCACCGCCUAUGGCGGUUGAAGCCGCCCGACAGCAACAAUACAGUCUGGAACGUGAGCUCUCCCAAGUUCAUCUACUUCUGGCGGAGAAUUCGAAGAAACUAGAGAAAACAGUCGCCGACAAUGCUCGGUUGGAGCAAGAGUUACUAGUGUUGCGUCAAAAACUGCAAGCUUCUCGGGAUAUUCGUGGAUCGCAGGGUACACUGGCUAGUGGACAGGACGGGCAGUACGUAGGGUCCGCCACUGCAGUGUUGGAGUCCGAGCUAAAGAGAGUUCAGCGAUUGGUUGGUAAUAUGCAGCGCCAGCGACAAGAGUUGAGCCAGGCGGUUCGACAGCUGACCGACAACUCGGAUACGCUGUACAAGCAGAUCAACAAAAACGGCGAUAGCAGAUCAUCUCUGCAUGGAACCAAGCGAUCACUGAGCACUUCGUGGAUCGAGACCGAUUUGGACUCGAUGGUCAGUGCGGAUCACAGCAGGAACGAGAGUACUUCAUCGCUGAAUGUGUCAACAGAUAAGCAAAGUUCGAUGUACGGCAGAAACGAACAUGAUCGCUCGGAAGGAUUCGAGCUGUGCAGCGUAGAAAGUGACGAACUGUUGGAAGAGUCCACCGGUGGACCAUUUGGCUACCAAGACAAACAGGAAAUCAAGACAGUGAGGAUUGUGAAGCGUGAGUCUGAACGAAGACAUCGGGAUCGGGAGAAAGAUCGGAAUAACACUUCGACGCAUAGUUUGGAUCAGGUGCUGGAGGAAGAGGCCCAGAUCUUUGAGGAUUAUACCAACUAUCACAGAUCAAAAUCGUUACCUAGGGGUUACGAAACGCACGAAGCUUUCGUACAGAAUCAGGAUGUUCAAUCGUACGCCAAUAAUUUGAAGGAUUAUUACAGUAUGACUGCUAACAGUAACAACAGUUACCCAGUGUCAAUGAUCGAUCGUAAAGCGGAUCUGUACUCGGGAUGCGAUCGACAGGUAAAGGCGGCAUCCACAAAACCUGGCAACUAUUCGUUGAGUAGGACCGUGGAUGGGAAUCCCGAAAUGCCAGGAUUGCGUAAUAAAACCGAAUCAAUACAGAGCUUGGCUAUCUCCGAGCAGAGUCCUGUAUUCCAGAGUGAAGCGGCCAAGCAAAUCAUCCACGAGAUGGUGAGUAAUGGGCCAGAGCAGCCACAACCGCCGAUCGGUGGAGGUGGUAGUGGUGCGAAUGUAGAUCGCCAAAAACAAAAGGCAGAGCAUGUGUCCCAACAGAACAAACACCGUCGAUCGAUCCCGAAGGAAAAGCGUCGACAUCACACGGCACCACAUCACGUCAACGCGAAGCAGAUCGAGAUUAUGCAGAGUGAGAAUGAUAUGAAUAAGAAUAAUAUCAACUGGCGUGCGCGUGACGAUGUUGACUUGGAGGUGACACUGAGGCCACGAUCCAACGCUCCGGACGUUGUUCGAUCUGCCAUAGGACCACGGGAGAAGAUUUCCGAGCACACGAUUGACAAGUUGCUCGCAGCGCCGAGUAAGAUCUUGAUUCCGGAACGGUACAUUCCGGAGCAGGCACCAGAGCUAUCGCCGGAGGAGAAACGUCGCCGCCAAGAGAAAGUGGAAGCCAUCAAAAAGAUGCUCUCGGAGACUCCAAUGGCGGGCAACGACACUUCGCCGAAUCAACCGGCAAACGCGGAAAAGAGACAACGAGAGCACCUGCUUCAGCUGAAUCAGAUUCUAGCUCAGCAGGUUAUGCAAAUGAGUAAAAUUGUGGCUGAUGAUAGCCCCAAGGAUCCAAGUGCAGAAAACUCGAUGGCAGUACUCCCAUCCAGCAUCAGCAAGCUAAAGAAAACACGUGGUUUAUUCAGAAGCCACAGCCGCAAGAGCAGCGCCUCGAAUGAUGACGAUGACAACUAUCGCAGCGACAUGGAGGACGAAGAGGACGACGAUGAUGCGGAAUCGCCGCCGGAACCGUUGCCACUGUAUCAGCAACGUGAAAACUAUUUCACAUAAACACGGCACAAUAUUAUGCUACGACACCAACAAUCGCUUCCAGAUGCGUAGAGUACAACUAGAAGAUGCUAUAAUUGCUGUUGAAGUGUUUUAGAACUAAAGCUGACCACCAUAAACGUAACCGGUUGAAUUGAUUUAUCCGUCCAUCAUCGGUUUGCAGAUAAUUUCGCCACAUACAUGAGAGAACACGCAGAACACUUCCACAACCACGCAUAUCAGAGAAUAAAUCGAAGGGACACCAACUCUUACUUUGCAAAGCAUAGGCCGCGUUUUAGAAACAUUACGGAAUGUAUCGUACUUUUAAGUUCAAACCGAAAUCCAGUGCAAAACAAACGGAAUAUUUUAACAGCCAACCAACCAAACUGCAGCAAUAAUCUCGUCUCAAUCGAUCAAUUAUAGCAUUUAAAGUCGCGAUCAAUCGAAGAAUAUAGUAGUAGGAGCAGAGAUAAAAAAAACAAUAGAUAAGCCUAAAUACUGACGUGCAAAUUUAGACAAAAUAAAACGUCAAUUGUGGUGUACUUACCGAUACAACAGCAUAUUUGAAUGGAAUUACCUGCUGCUUAUAUACUGAAUUAGCAAAACAUUUCAUUGCGAAUGCCGUAGAAUAGGGUUUAUCGAAAUAAUACCAGUAAUAUAACCAAACAUUACAAGAAUAACAAAGUUAUCUUCAGGCUAACGUUUGCUGCCAGAUGCAUGUGCGGUGAGAAAUUCGAGAACGUGAAUUUGGCUGGCAGCUUGACUUGGCUUUGGAAUUGUUUCGACGAAGGUUGGCAAUCAACGAAAUGUGGCACAAGCGUUUGGCAGCAAACCAAACUAGUAUAUUCGUCAAUUUGAAGCAAUUUGAAUACUAACCGAUUACCAUUUGCUCAAUUCAAUCAGUACUAAAAAGGAAACAACCAAAACAAUUAGGCAAUGAAAAUUAAACUACACACUUGAGUAAAAGUAGCUUAAUCCCAUUUAUACAGAGUAGUGUAACUCUUGAUACCUUACCCUUCAUGUAGAAUCCAUCAGUAUUAGGUUCAUGAAAAAUUCGCCUGAUAGAUCUGAAAGGCAUUCAAACAGUAAACAAUAUACGCUGAAAAAAACACACACAUCAUACACAUACACAGAGAUAACCAAAACAGGGCCUAACUUCGUAGUAGCAGCGAAUGUUUGCAUUUACAGGGUGUAAUCUUUUUUCUAACUAAAUUUUGAUAGCUACUUAUUACAAUUGGAUAGGAAAUGAUUGCGAGAAGCGAUCUUAACAACAACAAGGAAAACCAUACAUCAUUAUGAAUCUUUGCGAAGGCUGAAAGAGAUGCCACAGAAAAAAGUAGCUCAGCUCGGCUUUAAAUGCAUCUUUAAAUGUGCGCGCGCUAUUAGACGUCGAUAACGACAGAGAAUGAAAUCCAUGCAUAUCAUCAUCACCAUCAUCAAUCGUACACACGAAAAAUAAAAACACAUAAUCAAUUCAUGCUUUGCCCAAACCGCGAAGCAGAUUGAUUACCGCUUUGUGGUUAUUGAACCGUUUAACGCAUUCAAUUAUUCGGCCAUAUGUGGAACAACAAGGAAAAAUGAAAUCAAUUAGCAAACUUUAACCUCGUUAAGAGAAAAUCUCAUCCAAAGUGUUUUUCUUGUUUUCGAGUGGUGAUGAACUCAAGUGAGAAACGCGAUCAUGUUGAUCUUUUUUUUUGUGUUUGCCCCCCUCGUUUUUGCUCACACACAAAACAAACAAUUUGCCAUACUUAGCAUGAAUGAAAGAUUAUUUUAAUAUAUUUGUUUUAAGGUGCUACGUAGAUGAUUCGAGCGUUUUUAUUGUUUUUCCUUUCUGUCCUGUUUUAAUCACCUAGAGCUAGGCUCGACAUACAAAUAUCACCAUUCCGAGAAUAUCGUUAUGCGGAAUCUAUCGUUGAAUAAUGUUAAUUAAGUAAAACAAAAAAAAAACAAA